CAUGUUGACGUGACGCGAAUUACUGUAGGCGUGAGCUGUAAUGCAAUAACACUAGUACGGGAUUUUCCGUAUCAAUGGAUCGCAAAACAUUCUACAAACAUACAGCAAGCGAUGUUACUGAACUAAGAGAGAAGAAGAGGGAAGAAGAAACUGUGUUACGGAAACAGAAGAGAGAGAAAUUGGUCCUCUGUAAGCGUGCUCGCCAUAGUGAAGAAGACUUAGCCUUGGUAGAUUCCAGUUUUACAGUAAAACAGGUGGAAGAUAUUGGAAAAUUAAUUCAAGAAGAAAGUAAUGAUUGUCUCAGUUUGCUUAAACAAUUGAAGAAUGCAUUUGCUGAGGAUAUGGUAAACAUUGAUAUAUUUCUAAGUGUCAAUGGCGCUCUCCAUAGUUUAAUUGGUUUGCUCACUGGUGAUGACCCAGGCCUACAACUCGAAGCUUCAUGGUGCAUAACCAACCUUGCUGCAGGCAACCAGCACCACAGUUCCCUUGCUCUGAAACAUGCUGCACCCUACCUCAUCACAUUCCUACAGGGACACAAUGCACCUCUACAGGAUCAAUGUUGUUGGGCUCUGGGAAACAUUGCUGGCGAUGGACCAGAGUUCAGAGAAAUACUAAUCAAGCAAGGUGCCAUCCAUCCUCUGAUCUGUCUACUUCAGCCAUUACUGAAGAACACACGAUCGAAUCGGACGGCAAAUAAACGCACAUGGGAAUCCCCGAAUUGGUUUGCACCUUGCGCUUGUAAACAGUUACGACUCAAAAUUGAACCAUGAGGCAGGCCACAAAGC